GGAAUGCCAUCCCUCCACUGAGACAGGCAGGUACUCUCCAGGCACUCAGGUACGCGACGAACUGAAGUCACUCGUGUCAGGGGAAUCAUCAACACACACUUCACACACGUACGCGCCCCGAGUCAGAUGGACCAUUUGGCUACAGUACCCCUCUCCCCGUCCCUCUAUCCGUCACGCUGGCCGUCACCCUCCCUCGCUCACGCCAGUUUGUAUGCCUCUAGCUCACUGACGUCAAAGUGCCAUCCCUUCACUGAGACAGGCAGGAACACUCGGUCAUCGCCACCGCCGUGGUCGCUUGGCCUCACAGUCGGCCGCUCCCACUGCCGCCACCCGUCCGGCUGAUUCUCCUCAAACGUGACUCCCUGGCACCGUUUCAUGAUCUCGUCGCUGGCUGCUGCUGGUGCUCCGAUCAGCUGGGCGGCCGGACGAAUGCCAAAGAAGAGAGAUGUAGCGUAGAGGACGGCCGUCAGCUCAGAGUCGGGCGAAGAGAAAUCGAUGAAGUCGGUGAGUCUCUCCUGCACACAUGGAUAGAGGGACGGGACCAUUACCAUGACUGCUGGGCUCAUUCUAAUGAGUACCCACCUGUGUGCCCGCGAUGUACAUGUUGCUGUUCCGGCCGAAGUAGCCCACGUAUGGGUGGCUGUCUGUCCCCUGCAGCUUGAAGGCGUAUGAUAUCGUGUUGUGGGUGCUCUCGGCAGGUCCGGUGACCUCGAUGGGCCCCUCGAUGAUGCUGGCGAAGAGCUCAUUGCUGUCGGCCACUUUGCAGAUGAGCAGCAGGGGGGAGUGGCCCUUGACGGCAUCGAAGAAGUCCAACCACCUCCAACCAUCCACAGUCGCCCUGCCACGACACACACACACACAUCAAGACACAGAGGCAUGAUGAGAGGAUGCCGUGAUGCUCACAUCUGUCUGGCCUGCCCUUCUCACUUGUACAUGCGAACGACCGGCUCGCCCACACACGAGGGGAUAUUGGCCGGGGCGUCCUCCUCGCCCUCACACCAACGCCGCAUCUUGUGCAGGUGGUCGGUGGUCAGCAGGCCAUCUGCAGGCCCCAAAUAGCGAUCGCUAUCCAAACCGUACCUGACACAAACCAACACAGACAGACAGAGAGCAGCCGUCGGGGCACUGUGUGGUGAGCAGCUCUGUGUGUUGUCGCCGCGCCUACAUGGUGAGUGCGUGUCGGAAUCCUUUGAGGUCGGUCUCGCCCACCGCCCCGCGCACAUACUCGGCAGGCACAUCGACCGCCUUGAUGGCCGUCCCCUUCAUGUGCGAUCUCGCCACCACGUCCACUAUGCGCCGGACGUACUCGGGAUCUUCCUCAUGACUAUCGGGAUCAUACCUGACACACACACAGACAGCAUGGCACCCGAUGCAUGUGUGUGUGAGAGCGGCUCACUUGGUGAACAUAUUCGCGAAUGUCGAGUCGGCGCCGAGCGACGUGGCUACGCCCUUGGUCACCGUCACAGUGGCACCCGACACCUCAAUCGACACCAACUGACAUCGAAGGGCACAGCAAGGACAGCACACAUGAGUGAGUGACGACCCCUUCUCCCACCUUUCUCCCUGUGUGUCGUCGGCUUACCGAAUCCUCCUCGCUAUCGCCCGUCUUGAGCAGGGGUUUGAUGGCCUCGAGGCGCUCCAUCUGGGCGUCCCUGGCAUCCUUGGCCCUCCUGAUCAUACUGGGCAGCUCCACACAGAGGGCCUCAGCAUCGCUGUCCUGCUGCUCCUGCCCUCCCUCCCCCUGCUGCUGCUGCUGGUCUUGAGUGAGGAGUGGGAUCUGCACACGGUUCGCGCGCCGUUUGUAGCCGGGGUCCGACAUAAGCAACUCAACCCAGUACCUGAACGAGACCAAACACACCACACCACACCACACCACACAAUGGGAUCCAUGGCAACACAGACAGCCUGCCGUGUGUCAGUUGGUGUGGCCCACUCACUUGAAUGGCGUAUCGUUCUGUCUGGAGGGCGGUAUGACGAUGGUGUCGAUGGUCUGCACGCCGACAUAUGUGUUGAGCUUCCCGACCAACCUGGACAACGGAACGCGCACACAAACACACACAGAGGGGGCAGUGUGAGAUCGACGCAUGGCCAUCCACAGUCAUGACAUCUGCGUACCACUUCCAGGCAUCAGGAAACAUCUGAAGGAAGAUGCGCUCGUCCUUGUCACGAACGAAGGCAUCAUCGAAGCGGCCCGAGAACAGCAGUGCAAUGACGGUCCCCUUGACGGCGCACAGAGUUGAACGGCGGGCUUUCACAAUCUCCCCGGCCACGUUGAACGCUAACAUGUCACGCAUCCGCUCGGCCUGACGACAAUACACACACACACACACACAGCAACGCACAAAACCGCGUUUCAGGGCUUCCCUGCCUUCCGCGUCUGGGCCUCUUACGGAUGGCUCGCUGGUAUCUGCCGUGCCGCCGAUGGCCCGCUCUCGCUGGAUGAGGCCAUUCUCAAUCUCGCGCAGCUUCUCGGCGAUGGAUAGGGCCUGCUCGAUGGCCUCACGCAGAUGGCCGCACUCAUCCUCAUCGCCAUCGCUGCCGUUCGGCCGCUUUCGCUUCUCGCCUGCCCCGCUGGCAGCCGCUGCCGCAGCCAUGGCGCCAAAGCGACCUUUGUA